AUCAGUUCAGCCGAGACAACAGUCGGAACAACUCACUCCAGACAUGAAGGUGUUCAUCGUUGCCGCCGUCCUGGCCGUGGCCGCCGCUGCCCCGGCCCCGGAGAACCCGCCGUCCUACCGCCCGGCCCCGGCCUACAAGCCGGCCCCCUACCACCCGGAGCCGCAGUACAAGGAGGAGCCCAGGCCGUACGCCUUCGACUAUGCCGUCAACGACCACUACUCGGGAGCCAACUUUGCCCAGAACGAGAAGAGCGACGGCCACAACGCCGAGGGUUCCUACACCGUGGCUCUGCCCGACGGCCGCAUCCAGACCGUCAAGUACGUCGCCGACCACUACAACGGAUUCAACGCCGAGGUCACCUACGAGGGCGAGGCCCAGUACCCCGAGUACCACCCGGCCCCGGCUUACAAGCCCGCUCCCUAUAAGCCCGCUCCUGCCUACAAGCCGGCUCCGAAGUACCAGUAAACGGUGGUUUUACGUCUGAGUGGCAGAUGUGAAUACUGAAUAUUGUAUUUAUUGUGCAAUUGUUGCUGUCUUGUGUCCAAUAAAUGUAUGUCACUACA